AUGUUGAAACCAUUCCAAAUCAGGGACUUACACAGCUACCCUGUCGAAGACAACCUAUAUGACUCUUCCACCGAGAGUGUUAUUUCCGGCUCAAACGCUGACGACAAACGAUACAAACGCCAUGGGAUCAUCCAUUUAUCAGCCCCGGAAUACGAUGAAAUAGCUUUGAAUCAUCCAAAUGCUAUGCUGACCUACUUGGAUGAGGAUGAUGGUGACAUUAUAACCGUUGGCUCGUCCUUCGAACUCGACCAACGACUUGACGAACCAGUCGCACUGGCACCGGCACCUCUGCCCCAAGAAAAUGUAUCAAAAAUGCAUUUGUUUGAUAUUCGCCGCUCCAGAUCUGUAACUGAGUUAUGGAAAUCCGUCGAACGAGGGUCCACAUCUCGAUCUCAGCUCGGCGAAGGGCACCGCAAUUCGGUAUCAUCGAUCACCACGGAGAAACCAGCCCUCAACUACAACAACCAAUAUGAAGUGGAAUAUUCGGAUUCCCGUGGGCAAUGGGUCAGCGAGAAUAACUCGACCGGGAAUCCAACAUCGGAGUCGGCAAAUAACGAAGAAUUACAACCUCGGACGGAACCGGAACCUUUACUUUCAGCGUUUGAGGCCGAAAUCGCCAAAAUGCUCGAGGAGGGAAGCGCAGCUCAGCAAGCAAAUGAGCAGGCCGAUAAUUCUUCCUCUGCACAAUCUCACACGACCCAACCCAACUCCAUGCCGCCUACGUGGCCCAGUGACCUGGUGGCCAAUAUUUUACAAACUGUUGUUGGCAAGAUGGACAGCCUACGAUCUGAAUUUGGAUCAAAGGUGCCCGAAAUCGAACGCCACCUGCGGAAUGCACACAAUGCAAUCCCCGGUGAUGUUACUUCCAGCGCCCAAACAGCGUUGAAUGCCAUGCAAUCACAAGCCCAAAAUUUAGCACAACUUUUGCAAAAUGCUUCUGAUGCUUCAGGGCAAGCUGCAGAAAGAGUUCGUGAGGCUGAACUUCGUUCUGCCGAGCAGAUAAUCGACGGCUUAGAAGACAUGGUUCAAGGUCUCGAGGACUUCGGAAAGACUCUUUAUGCCGCUUUUGAAGCCGAAUUUGGUCAGCAAAAUAACAACACCCAGGCAGAAGCCACCGGUAGUACUGGUCCCACCCAACGUGAGUGCGUCCAACAGCCAGUGGAGUCUACCAAUAUCCCUCCCAAUAAUAUUCAGUCGGAGGCGGAGACAAAUCAAGAACUGAAACAACAGUCUCCAGCUAUGGCCGAACCUAAGAUCGAUUCCCUUCGACGUCCGUUGCCUCCUCAUCCAACAACAUCAUUGCCUUCAAGUCAGCCAGUUUCGCAGGACCAAAAUGCUGCUCCCGAGUCCACUCCAUCACAGAGUAAUGUUUCGGGGGGUACCUUGUUCUCAAGCUGGCCUAACCGCCCAGCCUUUGCCCCAUUGUCUUUGCGUCCCGUUCCGCCGCCAUCAGUGCCUGCAAAGGUUGCCGAAACACAGCAAGUACAGCCCACGCCUAUUUCUUCCUCGGCAGCCCCUAUAGAUAGUGGCAGUCGGCCUGCAACCCUGGAAUCUACUGUCCAGAAUCCUGGAUCUGCUACGAAUUCUCUGUUCAUUGGAAAUGUUGGUUACCAAGUGACUGAGAAGGUUAUAGGAGAGGUGUUUGCCUCUAAAGGCUGCUCUGCCCAAAUUCACUUGCCCAAAGAUUCUUUCACUGGGAGGCAUGUCGGAUUCGGCUAUGCUCGUUUUGAGUCAAGUCAAUCUGCAAAAACCGCUCUAGAAAGUCUACAGGGAAUAGUCAUUGACGGCCAUUCAAUCAACUUGGAAUAUAGCGACAAUUCUCCCAUUGAUGCAAUACAGACCCACCCAUCUCGGCCAGCAAGACCUACGUUUACGGAUGUCCCUGUCGACCAACGACUCCGCCAUCGUAAAUCAUGGCACCCAAGUACUCUUCAACCUAGAGAAGUGCACCCUGUGAUGAGUUCAAGCCGUGACGACCUUCCGAGAAUCUUUAGUGGAAACCCUAGGGGCAGUUCGCUUCGCGGUCACCGACGGGAACCCAACCAACCAAGAAAUAGUGUUGAAAGAAGUGUACGCUUUGAUCAUCCUGAAGAAAGUCCAGAAUUCGCUGCUCGGUACCCUUCACUCCUUCCCACUCGAAGCACAGAUGAGCUCGCAGAAGCUGCACCUAAACGAUCUAUGACAUUCAGUCCCAACACGGAAAUGGCGCGGUUCCCGCCAGUGUCUCAGCUUGAUGCACACUUGUUGACAAAUCAGUAUCGGUCCGGGCAUCGUGAAGACAACGACGAAAGUCAAGCUAGAUCGGAAGCUCCACCACUUUCUACAACAAACGAAAUAAGACCUGUAGACCAACCUAUUUCUCAGCAGCCUCGCCCUGAACCUAUCCGAGAUAUGGGUAGAGCACAAUUCAUAGGACGUAAAGGUGUAGGAAGCCAAUCACUUCGUCGUCCUUACCAUGAAUACCCAGCGGGACCGCGACCUCUAAGCCUUCGCACAAGGCGCACGGAUACGCUUCCAGGAAGCUUUCCAGUAGACGAUGCUCCUGGAUCAGUGACUCGUGAUUACACGGACGCAUUGCACGAGGAUAUACAGACUGCCAUUAGGCACAGCAUUAUUGACAACUGCGUCGAUACUUUGACCACCAUGGGGUAUGAUGAAGGGCUCGACGGUGGGAAAAACAGACUCAAGAUUUAUGCUGAGGCGGUUGAUGGUAAAGUCUCGGACGCCAUUGACAUGAUUGAGGAAGAGAGAAGAGCGUACGAGGGACAGGGCUCUCACCCUUGA